AUGGCCCGUCUCAACCUUUCUAUCCUUGCGGCAUGCCUUUCGCUGUCUGCCCUGACGUCGGCUCUGCCGACCAAGCGGUUUGACCCCAUGGCCGACGGUGACUUGAUCCCCGGGAACCCUGCCUCGGUUGCUGAGAUGUCCCUGCGCUCGACUGUCGACUUCUUCGACGACAUGGAGGAAAUGUGGGAACAAGAUCGGGCUGAGAAGAAUGGGAAGCCCGAGGCUGCUACCAGCGCAGGAACUGAGUCCGCUGAUGCCGUGACUUCGGCUGUUCCGUUGGUGCCCAUGCCAGCUACGCCUAGUGAGGAGGCCGCUCCCAGCCAGGAGUCGCACGUACCCGCCGAGAUCAACAAGACCAGCAAGGGAGAGACAUCCGAGACGUACAACGACGGCCAACAGCAACAGAGCGCGCCCUCUCCCGCCCCGUCGCGUGCCAUGAGCGAACCCCAGGCUGAGAAGAAGCCCCAAGCUGAGGAGAAGCCUUCGGCCACGACGUCCCAGCCCAGCAGCGCUGCUAGCGCCGCCGCCAGCCCGUCGAGCAGCGUGCACGAGGUCAAGGACAACAUCUUCUCCAAGAUCCCUGUUGUCGGAAAGAUCUUGAGCGGCGGUGGAAUCGCUUAA